CUGGCAACCUCAGACUUGAAGCCCAGGGCACCAUGCCAUCCAUUCGGAAUUGCCGCUCCUCUCUGCUCCACUCCCCUUUCCGCUUCCGCCUCCAAAAAGUGGAUCUGGCUUCAUCCUCUUGCAAGUGCAGCAUCCAGCUUUGCAUAGCAGUCUCACAGCCAGCUGAUUCCCUGUCAUGGUCUCAAACCCAGUGUCAAGGACAAGGAGAAUACCUCUGUCAGUGCCGCCUGCGCUGCCCCUCGAAGCGCCCACGUCUGGCUUGGCCCAACUCUACGAGACGCAUGGCCACCUUGUCCUCGAGGACCUCCCCCCUGCCACUUUGCUGACGCUCGAUGGAAUCUCACUCACUGUCUCCGGCUCUGAUCCUGACUCGUCGUCACAAGGUGCAAGCUCGAGUGUUGGUGCGAGGAAGGAGUUCCGGGGCUUCAAGCUGGUCCCGCCGGGUUGGCACUCACUCGUCGUCACACCAGCCAGCGAGGCAGGGGCGAAAGGUGGACCACCCAUGCUGGGAGCUAUGGAGGGCAUGGCAUUGCGAUCGAUCUUCCUCUUUCAUGUUGAGGCUAAAGAAGUCAUCAACAGGAGGUGGGAUGGUCAGGCCGGACAACUAGUCUCAAUGGGCUCUUCUCUCGGCGGAUCAGAGUCCGCAGGCUCGCACGUCCUCACGCCCGGGCUGAUCACAGCUCUCGACCGCGACCUGACGCCAUACCCAUUACGCGCAUCGCAGUACGCAGAGUGGAGCUCCUUCGCUCGUCCACUGGAUGAGGACGCUGCUCUGACACGAAGGGUGGCGCAAUCUAUGCUGGGAGAAGCCCUCACGACCGAUGCGCUGGAUCCAGUCAGCGGUGGAGCGCUGGAGGAUCAGCAACGGACGAAGAGACGUCGUGGCCAGUCUGACGAGGAGCGCAAGCUGGAGGAGGAUCUACUCACGGCGGCCAAGAGGACUGGACAAGGCGCAGAGGGUCUGAAUGGCAAUUCGGCUUCGGGCUCUUUGCAGGGGGAGCAGCAAUCAGGGGAACCUGGAAAGAGGAUCCGACUGGCGGACUUCUCGCUGCUGCGUUCCUGGCCCGAGGGCGCUCUGGCGGCAGAGAGGACACGUUGGAGUAGGGAUAAGAGCUGGACUCUUCGUAAAGCUCUGAAGGCAUGGACAGGCCGAGAUCUCCAGCACGUAGAGAAGAAAGGCUCGGAAUCUGUUUCCGAGUCACAGUCAGACGAUCAAGCCCGGCAAGCGUUUCUCCUCUCUUUCCAUUUGCUGUUCCACCUCUUCAUCUCACAAGGAUCGGAAGACUUGCUCUUGGCAUGGAGGAAUCAUGUCUCCCUCGUAUGCCAAUCUGCCAGCGCCAUUGGAUCGUACGGAGAUGUGUUUGGCGCUCACCCCUCCGAGGCAGAGACUGCGGGGGCGGACGAGGACAGAGCAUUACUCCAGCCCGGGCUGCACGCGGGCUUCUUGCAAUUGCUCAGACUGCAGUUGAACACACUCGGCAGGGAUUGGUUUGCAGAAGGGGCGCAAGAGGUGGAGAGCGCAAUCAAGAGCGACUUGAAAUCGUUGCGGGGUCAUAUGAGUCGGGCCAUGGCUCUUGAUGCACGCGAGAAGGACGGCAGUGUCGGUGAAGCCGAGCAAGGUGACAACGUCAGAAAGAGCGCUGCUGCUGACUCGGAAGAUGAGGAGGCUCCAGUGGUGAUACGCUCUAGCAAGUCUUCGGUCAGAGGAAGGCAAAGUGGUUCAGGGAUUGGGGCCCGCUCAUUGGCAAACAAAGGUCCUCGGCAGGCCACACGCUUCCGUCCCACUACUACGCCUCCGCCGACGACUCGUCAAGACUUCGAGUCACUGCUUUCCUCGUGGCGAUCUCUGUCUCUUUUCGCUGCAGCAUGUCUCGGAUGGCAACUGGAUGAGCAGACAGAUGAGGAGGCAGAAGUGCUGGAGGAGCUGGACGAAGAGCACGAUGAAGCGGUGCGGAGAGCUAUGGAGGAAAUGGCCGAGGAGGAAGGCCGGCAGGCGGAAGAGCGGCGGGAGAGUGACGUGGGUGAUGACGAUGCUCCAGAUGACCUCGAUGAGUUCACAAUACAAUACUGAUCUCGAUUGCGAUGCGAUGCUCUGAUGGUCGUG